AGAAACGUUGACAAAAUGUUGCGACAGCUCUAUUUUUCUCACUACAACUACAAUUAUUUUGCUCCUGGUGUUCAAGAUGAAUACAAUUUUGUUCGAAACAAGAUGUCUUCAGCGUGGAGCGCAGACAGUGGCGAAGGUCCUCCAACAGGGGCGUCCGCAAACUCAGACAGCAAAGCCAACAGCUCCAGCGAGGAUCUGGCCGACGCUGAAGGUGUAUGGAGCCCUGACAUUGAACAGAGUUUCCAAGAAGCUUUAGCCAUAUACCCACCAUGUGGCCGUCGGAAAAUUAUAUUGUCAGAUGAAGGAAAAAUGUAUGGUCGAAAUGAACUUAUUGCCCGCUACAUCAAAUUGCGCACAGGGAAGACACGCACCAGGAAGCAAGUGUCCAGUCAUAUUCAAGUCCUGGCCAGAAGGAAAGCCAAAGAAAUACAGGCACAACUCAAAGUAAUUACGGAGCCGCAGGACCAGGCGUCCCGAGAUAAGGCUCUCCAGCAGAUGGCGUCGAUGUCAUCUGCGCAGAUUGUGUCAGCUAGCGCAAUCCACAACAAGGCCCUCGCCUCUGGUCUCAGUUGUCUCCCGAGCAUGACCCCAGUCAGACCUGCCUACCCAGGGGCUCCAUCGUUCUGGCAGCCUGGCAUAACACCACAAGGAGAUGUGAAGCCGUUUAGUUCGUCGGGCUAUGGCAUCGACUCCAAGCUCCAGUCCUCCAUACCCGGUGACGUGUCUCCAGCGUGGCAAGGGAGGUCCAUAGCGGGGCCAAAGCUCCGAUUGGUGGAGUUCUCCGCCUUCUUAGAACAGCAGCGAGAUCCUGACUCCUACCACAAGCACCUGUUUGUCCACAUCGGGUCAAAUGCUGGCUACAACGAUCCACUCCUGGAGGCUGUGGACAUCCGCCAGAUCUACGACAAGUUCCUCGAGAAGAAGGGCGGCCUCAAAGAGCUGUAUGAUAAGGGGCCUCAACAAUCUUUCUUCCUCGUUAAGUUCUGGGCUGAUAUCAACACCAAUGUGCAGGACGAGGCAGGAGCUUUCUACGGGGUCACAAGCCAGUACGAGAGCACAGAGAACAUGACGAUACAAGUAUCCACUAAGGUGUGUUCAUUCAGGAAGCAGGUCGUAGAAAAAGUUGAGACGGAGUACCCUCGGUUUGAGAACGGGCGAUUUGUGUAUAGAAUCCAUCGUUCCCCGAUGUGCGAAUACAUGAUCAACUUUAUUCACAAACUGAAGCACCUGCCGGAGAAAUACAUGAUGAACAGCGUGCUUGAAAACUUCACUAUUCUCCAGGUGGUAACCAAUCGUGACACACAGGAGUGUCUUCUGUGUAUUGCCAAUGUGUUCGAGGUGUCAACAAGUGAACAUGGAGCCCAGCAUCACAUCUACAAGCUUGUCAAAGACUAACCAGCAUUCGUGGGGAAACAGACUAUACAAACAUUAUAUAUUGUCCGCUCAUUCACCAUUGAAGCAAUAAGAGCUGUGUUUGUGAAGACCUGGUCAUCAGACACAACGCAUGAAACACUCUGGUGAAACUCAGAACACAUUAUGUGCCUUUAUCAUGCAAGACCUUAUCCUCUUGGUGCAUAGAUCUGCUGGAUUCGUCUGGCUGUGUGAUACGGGAUUAUAUUCAAUGAGCAAGAACAUGUACCAGUCAGGACAGAGCUUAUGCCCCAGCUUGUCCGUGAUUGGUCGAUCUCGUCUAGAGAGUCUUCUUAGACGCAAUAGUGCUUAUGGUUGCCAAAUGAUUAGUACAGACUGCAGUAGUUGCGAAACACUUUUGUGGUAGAUUCUUUCUUGUAGGAGGAAAUUGGAACCUGUUUCUUGUGAUUUGUUUUUUGUUUUUUUCCGUUGCUGAUAGUUGUGAGUGUGUAGUUGCUGAUGCCGCAUCGUGAAGUGGAACGACCAAGUGCUACUUUCAUCGGACGGACUGAUGGAUAUGUGAGACCAUUCUCCGUCAGUGUUCAAGGUUGAGCAGUAAACUAUUCAUGCUACGCUGCAGAACCUGUGUCCGGACCGUUCCACUUCGCUGCUGUAGUUACCCGUGUCUUUUGUUAGCAUGCCUUGGUGAUCACAUCAGAUUACAAUGAAACUGUUUGUUUGGAUUUCAUGAAUAGUGUACUGUAAACAUGUUUUUUAGGACACAACUGGAUACAGUUUCAGAUUAUGUUCAAAUUUAUUUGUUUAGUAUAUCUCCAUUGUUGAUUCAUCAUCAAGGCAUCCAAAUUGUUUCUGAGCAUUAUUUACUGCUUUAAGAAAAAAACGUCCAAACAGUAUUACGCAAACUUUGAAGAAUGACAUUUGGUUGAUUUGUUGAAUGCUAAAUUGGCAUUAAGAUAAACUGCUGCAGUAGUCACAAUCUAGUGCUGCUUAUACAAAGGCAGACAACUCUUUGGGAGUACUGUCCAGUGGGCAGACAACUCUUUCAGAGCUCUGUCCAAUGGGCAGAUCACUUAAAGAACUGCCAUAAGGGUAGACAACUCAUUGUUACGGCAUAAGUUUUUCACUGUAUAUUGCCCAUUGCCUCACAUCUCCUUCAACUGAAACUUAUAUUUUCUUACUGUCUGUGUGUAUACAUAUGUUUCAUGUCAAAUUACAAGAUAACUAUUUAUUCAUAGCCAUAUAUAUCUCUGAACGUCCACUAAAGAUCCGACCGCUCGGUGGUCGCAUGUGCCUUAAACAUAUUGUACGUCUCAAGACAGCGUCUACUUAGGGUCAGGUACUGAUCAUCCAAACAGGCUUUGUUAAAUAGUUCUUUUAUAUACAUGUUGUCGUGAACGUGGUUUCCUGUUCGAGCAAAACCUAUUAAAUAUUUCAAUUUUUAUGCAAUUUGAUAAAACGGCAUUCUACUGCCCUCAAUAAUGUUUGCCUGCCAUCUCAUGUAAUUCUCUUUUGUGCCUUUCUACUGUCCUUAGAUGUCCAGGAUAUUCCCUCCAUGGUAACAGUGUUAAAUAUAAUGUUUGUAAUUUAUAACAAAAGGUUAAAACGUAUUUGGAUUAUUUAGACCAUCAUGGCAACUUGAUAUGUCAAGCAAUAAAUUAUUCUUUUAUAAUAUACAUACAUAAUAGCACCCUAGCAUGAUAUAAUGAUAUUGAACUAAAUAUUUUUAAACUUUAACUUCAUGCAGUAUUCGCAUACAAUUAUUGUAUUUUAGAUUUAAGAUUUUGAAACUUGUUAUAUGAUGAUAUGAAGAUGAAAUAUAUUUUGAACAUUUGCUACUUGGAAAUGUUUGAAUACAUUUAUUAAAUUUUAUAAUUGGGAAGUUUGAACCUUGUAAUAUAUAGUCACCUAAAAUGUGAACUCUUGGUGACCUUUCUCACUCUUUUUGUACUGUCUUGAAAUAUGUGACAGUUGAACAUAAAAUUAUCCAAAAAAAAUAGUAAUAUAUUUUUAUGCUUGGAAAUAUUUCAUUGUUAUUUUAGCAGCACACAAAAACCAUCAAAUAUUGAUAUGUGAAGAAUGUUUUGUUUCGUAUGAAGACCUCACUGAGACAAGAGUGCCUAAUCAAUUUUGUUGACAAAUUCGUUGUGAUUAAUGUUGGGCAAUAAAGAGAUACGGCUUUUGCUGUCAUACGGUCAUGCGUCAUACACAAGUCUUGUUACACUUGUCUUUUGACAAAACACCAAUCUUGAACACAGUUGUUAAUUGAAGAAUAAAGAUCUUAUUUGUCAUUGAUAUUUGCUGAACCUGAUUGUAAAUAAUGCAUUGUCAUUCAAUUAUUACUCAUCCUUCAUCGGUCAUCAUCAUGUCAAGGUCACAGUGUCAGAGAAGGUCAGGGUCAGUCCCCCAGGGCAAGUUGCCUCUUUUAGUAAAAUUGGUUUUGUCAGGAAGACCCACAUGUAUGGUCUACUUAAGCCUGUCUUUUCUUGUUUGUAAGUUCUUAAGUGUAAACCAGAUUUGUUAGUUAAGACUUUUUAAAAUUAUACACAACUAUGUGUAAUUUUAUAGAUCUAGGCCAUGUCAGUGGAUGGUAGUGAGUUAUUGUUAAACUAAGUUAUCCUGAAAUCUUAUUGAUUUUAACCCAAACAGUUAAGAUCAUGAAUACAUUUUGACUUCUUUUUAUGAAUGUCAUUGAUCCCAAACUAAUUUUGACCAGUAUAUUGAUCUAAAUUGUUUUUAAAAUGGAAUAAUUUUUGGCUUAACCAAUUCACAGUUUCGUGUUCUGUGCGUUGACACCCUUGUGAACAGUGUCAAUAGCCAUUGCAUCUUAUCUUCUGUGUUUAAACAAGUAAACAUUUCACUCUUAGAAGAUAAGGUUAUGUUGUCUUCAAACUGAUUACAUUAAUAUCAGAUAUUCUUCAAAUAUAGCACUCAGUAUAUAUGUCUUUCUUGAGAGGAAUUAAAACUGUGGUAAUUUGUCAUGUCCUGUCAUGCUGUGGACAUGAGUGGCAUAUGAAGGUGACAUGUCCAUCUGUCAAGGGGCACCUGUAGGACAUUACCAUUUAUCUGCGUCGGGGGCUGACAGGCCUUGCUCGUACCAACUGAAGGAACAUUCAGUCAUAGAUUUACUUUUUGAAUAAUUCAAAAUCUGCCUUCAAGCUUUAAUUUCUACUUUAAAGAAAAUUUGGUUUUAUUUUCAAACUGAAAGGUAUAUUGUAUUACCUUGUCUAGUUUUGAUUUCAGAAAAUGAAAAUGACUUCUGUUUAUUGAAGGGAUCAUAUUUUAUGUGUAUUUUAAGACCUGAAAUCAGCGACUCAAGUUCUUCAGUUGUUUUACUUCAAGUGUUCUUAACAAUUGUACAGAUAUCUGUAUGUUAUGCUGAUCAUGCAAUUUUAGUUAUAGAUGGUCCCCAACAUAUGAUCGCCUCAAACAUUUUUGUAACAUAAGAAAUAAAAUCUUAUCACAUGUAAUGAAUGAUUAAUUUUGUGUUUUUGCAGUGAUAUUUCUUUGUCUCCAAAGCUACAAGCUCAGGAGAUAAGGUAUUAAUGCAUGUGACAUAAAGCCCUUGUUCUACACCAAUAAUCCCCUCCCCUGCCCUCACUGCUCGCCCCCAUCCCAACCCCACCCUAGCCCACCAGACAAUUUAUCACAAGCUUUACCUUACAACUGAUGAUAGUUGUGAGUCUAGUCACCUACAGUAUACAUCGUGUGUCCAGGGUAUGAGUAAUCUGUAUGCCUAACACAAACUAAUUUUAAAGUUACUUUUAACUGUUUGAUUUUAAGUAUGAUAUUGAGGAGUGUUUUCCAUGUUAGUGAGGGACAGACCAUGUGAUGUUCUGGGAGGAUGGUGUGGUCUGAGAUUUUACUGAACAGGAACAAAAAUGUCCUGGAAAAAUUUGUGUCAAGGGAUUCGGUUUCUUAUGAUAAAUUAGUAAUGCCACAAAAACUGAAUUGUUGAAAGUGCUUUUAGGAAGGUUAUUGUGGUUUAUUACUUUUUUAAUUUAAAAAAAUCUGCUUUUGAAGCUGUAGCUAGAAAAUUCAAGUAACAAUACAAAAUCUGAGCCCCUCCUGAAGAACUUCUGGAUGGUCCCUAAGCAUGUGCAAGCAACUGAUCACCAUUAAUCAAUCAUUUGAACACAACUAUAUAUUAGUGUUAAGUGAAAAAUUAUGUUAUUAGCAAUGGCAUAUUUUGCAAUAAUUGAUGCGAGGAUAUGUUGAAUAUUCCAUGUUCAAAGAAAAACACAAAUACUUCUGAAUAUUUUGUUUCGAAUCUUAGCUGGACUAAAUCAAAGUGAGUUCUAACCCGAGCCUCACUGAUGUGUACCCAACCACCACCCCGAAUAAGCAGUUUCGAUCAUGCAUUGUUUUUUAUAAUAUACAAAUUUGUACAAUAUGUUUGAAUAAAUGCUUUUGUAAAGAA